GUGAUUUAUACCCUCUGAUUUAAUUUUUAAUUAGUAACAUGUUGGGGAUAAAUUUCAUUGACCUUACGACCGUAUCGAACUGAUUUUAUGUCGCUCAAUACUGAAAAGGGAACAUCUUGUUUCAGCCAUCGGAGUUUAAAAAGACCGGAGCUCAGAUACACGGGGUUCUCUUCCCGUAAUUUGUGUUACGACGGGAUAAGAACAGCUGGAGAAAUUGAGUCAGAUUGGUAAAGGUAUUGUGAUUGUGAUUACGCUGUUUAAAAUUUGUAGGAAAAUACCUCACCUAUAUGUAGAGGCACCUUGGAAAAUUGUGAUAACAUCCGACAUGGAUGCUAGCUCGACUCAUAAGGUCAAUAAAAGGCCUGAGCAAAGGCAAAUGCACGUUUUAAUUAUCGGCGCCGGCAUCGUCGGUCUUACGAUUGCUCAAGGCUGUCGCGAAAACAACAUACCCUACACAGUCUUCGAAAAAGAUGUAGAAGGAACUCGUACUCAAGGCUGGGCUCUAACGUUACAUUGGUGUCUAGAUGCGCUCAAUAGAACAAUUGGAACAGAGAAAGCAACAAGGAUACCCGACGCUGUGGUGGAUAAAUCAGUGACGAGCGACGCGGGUAAUUUCCUAUUCCUAAAUUGUGAAACAGCCGAGGUUCGAUAUAGGAUUCCUCCUUCAAGGAAACGACUUCGAUUACACCGACAGAGGCUUAGGAAAAUCCUUUCAGAAGAAAUCAAUAUUCGAGAAGGCAAGAAGCUUGUAUCUAUAGAAGAAAUUGACGGAGGUGUAAGGGCGCACUUCGAGGAUGGCACCUUCGCAGAUGGAACAUUGCUAAUUGGGGCCGACGGGAAUAAUAGCAACGUUCGCAAAUAUUUGAUCCCCGAUGAUUACGCCUUAACUCCUUUGUCCAUCAACCUUAUAGGGGUCGUACGUCACUUCUCUCCCGAACAAGCUGCUCCGGUUCGUGCGCUCGAUCCGUUACUCUUCCAAGGCCUGCAUCCUAAGACCGGUAAUUUCCUUUGGUAUAGUAUUUAUGAUUCGACUCACGAACCCGACGGGCGACCUUCCUUCGACGCACAAGUCAUCAUAUCUUGGAUGGUGAAAGAUCCAAUCGCGGACGACAUCCCAGAAUCCAACAAAGCCCGUAUCGAAAUCAUGAAGAAGCGCGCGAGUACCUAUGCCGAGCCUCUGCGAAGUAUCGUAAUGGACAUACCAGACGAUCUAGACUCCACGACACCUCUUAAACUUGCCGAUUACCCCCCUCGACGAUGGAAUAACAAAGACGGACGACUAACACUUGCCGGAGAUAGUGCUCACGCCAUGACCAUGUACCGCGGUGAGGGAGCAAACCAUGGAAUACUAGACGCGGCAUUAUUGGUGGAUUUGCUCAAGAAGGUUUCCACAGGUGAAAUUGAUCAAAAGGCGGCCAUUGAUUCAUAUGAAGAGGAAAUGAGACCACGAACUCUUCUGGCGGUUAUGAAGAGUCGUGAGGCGGCUUCGGAUGCACACAAUUGGGAUGCGCUUACGGAGAACUCUGCUGUCGUUGCUGCGAGGAUUCUUCCCACCACAGCAUAGCAUGGUCAGGGAAAUCAAGAGAGGCAAAGCCUAACAUCAGAAUGAAUGGCAUGGGAGAGGACUUUAUAAUUUGUGUUGCCCACUUCAGUCCAUGGAUGUCGCUUGAGAUAGGUAUGCCCCGCUACCCCGCCCCCUUUUCCAGGUCUUAAUUACAGUCGCUUCGUUGAAUCCUUGGAGUUUUCACCCUAUCGUUCUUUCAAUGCAUUCUCCCGAUAAUCGUCACCCAAUAGUUUAUGUAUUAAAUAUUGAGUUGAGCAAAUACAUACCCACAAUAUCCUCCUAUAUUGUCUACUACUUAACGUCGUACAACUU